ACUGCCCUACGGCUGGUGGAAAUGAUGAAUGGCCUCAAAAAACUGAUUCAUAUUCUUGGGGUGCACAAACCACAGACAAAUCGAUGACAGAAACAAGUUCUUGGGGUGCUCAAUCACAAACCGAAACAAGCUCAUGGAAUGCUCAAACUACGGAUAAGUCUCGAGGCGAUCCCUGGGGUUCUCAAGCCGCAGACAAAUCACAAACUGGAACCAAUACAUGGGGUGCUCAAGCCACAGAUAAACCUCAAAACGAUUCCUGGGGUGCUCAAACCACUACCAAGUCAAAUACGUGGGGUGCUCAAGCCGCGGACAAGGCUCAGAGCGGAUCUCGGGGUCCUCAAACCACUAACAAGCCUCAGACUGAAACAAAUUCAUGGGGUGCUCAAGCUCAAGCCACGGACAAGUCCCGAGGCGAUCCCUGGGGUUCUCAAACUACUAACAAAUUUCAAACUGAAACAAAUUCAGGGGGGGCUCAAACCACAAAUAAGUCUCAAAGCGAUCCUUGGGGUUCUCAAACCAAUAACAAACCUCAAACUGAACCAAAUUCAUGGGGUGCUCAAGCCGCUGACAAGUCUCCAAACGAUUCCUGGGGUUCUCAAACGGCAGACAAAUCUCAGAUUAAAACAAAUGCUCCUUGGGGUGCUCAAGCUGCUGACAAGUCUCAAAGCGAUCCUCGGGGAUCUCAAACUGAAACAAAUUCUCCCUGGCCUGCUAAAGCAGGCAAGUCUCAAACUGAUUCUUGGGGUUCUCAAGCUACAACUAAGUCUCGAACAAAUUCUCCUUGGGGUGCUAAAACAGACAAACCUCAAACAGAACCUUGGGGUUCUCAAGCUCCAAACAAAUCUCGAACAAAUUCUCCUUGGGGUGCUAAAACCGAUAAGCCUCAAACUGAUUCUUGGGGUUCUCAAACAGUUAAUAAAUCGCAGGCUGAUUCAAAUUCAUCCUGGGGUGCUAAAACCGAUAAGCCUCAAACUGAUUCUUGGGGUUCUCAAACAGUUAAUAAAUCGCAGGCUGAUACAAAUUCAUCCUGGGGUGUUAAAACCAACAAGCCUCAAACUGAAUCUUGGG